GUAUUGGAAAUAAUACUUUAACAGUUUCUGAUGAGUUUUCUGUUUUAUCAACAGAAAAAGAUAGCAAUGUAAAGGGUGAGUUUACCGCAUCAGCUAAUGGAAAAAAUAUUACUAUUCCACUUUCUGUUUAUAAUAAAGAUGAGGAAGCAAA